AUGAACGCCUGUGAGUCGACGGCAGCUGGGCACGAGGGCGGGCCAUACCAGCCCAUCAGUGGGCAUGAGGGCGGGCCAUACCAGCCCAUCAGUGGGCACGAGGGCGGGCCAUACCAGCCCAUCAGUGGGCACGAGGGCGGGCCAUACCAGCCCAUCAGUGGGCACGAGGGCGGGCCAUACCAGCCCAUCAGUGGGCACGAGGGCGGGCCAUACCAGCCUAUCAGUGGGCACGAGGGCGGGCCAUACCAGCCCAUCAGUGGGCACGAGGGCGGGCCAUACCAGCCCAUCAGUGGGCACGAGGGCGGGCCAUACCAGCCCAUCAGUGGGCACGAGGGCGGGCCAUACCAGCCCAUCAGUGGGCACGAGGGCGGGCCAUACCAGCCCAUCAGUGGGCACGAGGGCGGGCCAUACCAGCCCAUCAGUGGGCACGAGGGCGGGCCAUACCAGCCCAUCAGUGGCCACGAGGGCGGGCCAUACCAGCCCAUCAGUGGGCACGAGGGCGGGCCAUACCAGCCCAUCAGUGGGCACGAGGGCGGGCCAUACCAGCCCAUCAGUGGGCACGAGGGCGGGCCAUACCAGCCUAUCAGUGGGCACGAGGGCGGGCCAUACCAGCCCAUCAGUGGGCACGAGGGCGGGCCAUACCAGCCCAUCAGUGGGCACGAGGGCGGGCCAUACCAGCCCAUCAGUGGGCACGAGGGCGGGCCAUACCAGCCCAUCAGUGGGCACGAGGGCGGGCCAUACAGCCCAUCAGUGGGCACGAGGGCGGGCCAUACCAGCCCAUCAGUGGGCACGAGGGCGGGCCAUACCAGCCCAUCAGUGGGCACGAGGGCGGGCCAUACCAGCCCAUCAAUGCCUAAUGUUUCAAAACAUCUCACUUUCAUGUAA